CUAAUUACCGGGGGAAUUGUGCGGGUGAAUGCCGGGCACGCGAAAUUUUCAAUUAAUUUCGAAGCGAAAAUCCUGAUUAGUAAUUUCCCGCCCUAUAGUUUCCCAGUUUUCAAAAUUUCGCUCCCCAAACCAUGAAAAAGCGAAAACCCUAGGCCUACUAGUACUAGUGGUGAAGUGCUGAAAAGGGAAAGAGUAGGAGGAGUCCAAACGGCAUGAUCACCGACGAUGAGUAAUGCCUUCGCGAAAACAAUCUGUUCAAUCUGCUACGAAGAUCUGAAGCCCAUCGUCGAGGAUCUCCAAGUUAUUUCCAUCUGCGGCCAUGUAUUCCACGAACUAUGCCUGCAGCAAUGGUUCGAGUACUGUUGGAGCAAAAAGAAGUGUUCCUGCCCGGUUUGCAAGCAGAGAUGCAAAGGCUCCGAUGUGGCCCGUCUUUAUUUCCAGUCAUUGGGGGGCUCUGCCGACUACUGUGUGUCGCAGUGCGAGGAGACACAGGCCGAUGCCAAGUUGCUCGGCGGAGAGAUUGUGAGAUUGGAGGGGAAGGUGCGGGGGCUAAACUCUACAGUGGAUUGCCAAGGGAAAGAAAUUGAGCGGCUUAAUGGUGAGGUAAGGGUUUCUGGAUUAUUGUCUCAGUUGUACGAUUGUAAGAAGCAGCUGAAGGCUGAGCUUGCGUUGAAGGAGGACGUGGUGCAAGAAAAAGCAUCAGUUGAGGAGAUGCUUCGUUUCAAAUCUCAGGAGCUUGAUGCGCUGAAGGCUGACCAUUUGAAGUUACAAGAUAAGAGCAUGGCCGUGGCCAAAGAACUUGCAGCACUGAAACUGGCCUCAGACCUGAAUCUGGAGGAAGAGGAGAUUUUAAAGCUUGCUUCCUUUGGUAACGAGGCCAAUGCUAAAGAUACUAUUGACAUUCUCCGGAAGUCCUUGGUUACCCGCAACAAGACCUACCAAGAGUUAAUGGCCAAGUGCAACCAGCUUGGAAGAGGAGAGGCUCGUUCUUCCAAAAAACUUGGGAAAGCAAAAGAAAAGAUAAUUAGGUUGAAGACUAAGAUCCAGGAACUGGAGAUGGCAGUUGAACUAAAGGAGAAUCAAGCUUUAAGGCUCUUAAAGACUUCAAAGGAUACAAGCUCUACGAAGAAAAUUCCAGGUGGACUUGGUGAUAAGUUAGAUACCCCUACUUCUGAGAUUUUUCGACCUGGAAGUGAAAACGAACAAGUUUCCUCCAUAUCUCUAGAUUGCUUGGUCCGGACGGGAAGCCCUAUUGGUGAUGCAAAAGGCCCUUUUUCCAUCAAUGAUUAUGCUGCAAAUUUUACUGACGAGCCUUCAGGUAAUCAGGCUUGUGAUAAAAAAAGGAACAAUUACAGUAUCAUAGACGAGGGAGAUCAAGAUCUUGAUUUGGAACACCCAACUCGAAAACAACAAAACAAAGAGCAUCCAAUGGAUAAUGCAGGAAGAACCAAUAGAAAUAAGGAUACCACCAGCUCAGCUGCAGCUAAGGAAACAUCCUUUUCUAUAGGUGGUAACAUUGAUGUUUGCCCCGCGAUGAACAUAAAAAAGGAGUUACCAUCCUCGGCCUGUUUUUCAAAACCAGAUAUAUGUUUCUCAAGUGGAUUACUAGGUCCUGAUGGAACAACCCGGUAUCUUGGGAAGUGGUGUAAACGUGACCAAAGCAAGCAGUCGGUUGCAGUGCAGAAAACAAGCACAAACAGUGGAGACUUGAUUGCUGUUGGAGCUGAUGGAAGGGGUGGGAGAGUUAAAGUCGCGAGACCUCUGAAUCAAGCCCUCAUGUUUUGUCUAAUUUUGUAGUUGACUGCAUUGGUCAAUUUCCUGGCCAUUUCGACAAGGACACUAGGUGGUUCAGAGAGUUCCAUGCCCGUAAAAAGGUUGAAGUCAGCAAGCAAAACAACUAGUUUGCAGUCUCAGGGAUGUUUGCAGAUCGAACACUUUUUUGGGAAGUCCAAGCAGUAGUGAGGUCACAAGAAACUAGAUCAAAUUUUGGCGCCAAACUGUAUGGGCUCCUUCUGUUUCGACCAAGUUUUUCGGUUUUAGUACCAUGCAGCGGCGGAGACAGAAGCAUUAGCACAUGUUCUGGUCAGUUAAAGUCCUCGGACAAAUCAAAUCAUAUCAUGGAAAAGGAAUCAUAGGACUCUUCUUGUCCGUGAAGAUACAGGGCAGCAGACCUGACCGGUUUUGCUCCCCGCAACCGAUCACUGUAAAUUGUUUUUGGUCUAGAUUCUAGAACAAUGUGGAGAACGUGUUUGGAUUAUAAAGGAAAUGUGGUAGUGAUUUGAUGAUAUAUAUCCAUUAGGAGAAAGCCAAAAACGUUUAUAUUUGGAUAGGUUUCGAAAAAUCAUUUUAGGCUGAAAAUAGUUUGUGGGCAAUUAGCGAUGGUAAAGGGCCGGGGUGGAGAUGUGUAUUUGGUAUCAGCGAGAGAAGAUAUUUUAGUAUAUUGACAUUUGUCUAAAGUAGGAGUAUUGAUAGUAAAUUUUAUACUACGUCCAAAUUUGAAUGUAUACUGGGUACUAGUAAUCAGCCCUGUCGCGGGAUAUGCUUCACUUGUGUAAUUUUUGGGUUCUAUAAUGCAGGAUUGGGGAGAAUGCACG